AUGGAGCCCUUCGAUGACACCUUCCCGGCCUUCGGUGGCGUCGAUGACAACCGCGACAAAGCCCCUGUGUUCCAGGUCCGAGUGUCUACCAUGGCUUCGCUUCUUGGCACUUUGACUGCUUACGGCGAGUGGAGGCCUCGUGACUUGAAGCAAGCGGUCGAAGCCAACUGGAAGUGGUCAGAACAUAGGCAGCGGCUCUUCUUCGGGGAGCUUGAGCUGUGUGAUGUCCUUCUCCAGGCCAACCGGCACCCUGACAGGUCUUACUCUGAGAAGCUAUGGGACCUGCUCGAUCAUCCUCGUGAUGGUGAUGUCGUCCAUCUUAACUUGCUGAGCCGGACGGCGGAGCAGGAAACGUUUCUGGAGUCCCUGUCCGACAUGCUGGGGCAUGAUGGUGACGUCUCGGAGCUGGUGCAGAAUGCACCGGCCGAGGUGCGUGGUGACAGAUAUUGCAUGCUGGCGGUCGUCGCGUGGACCUACAGCUAUCCCGUUUUGGAGUUCGCAAGUGAAGAGCUGCGAGCCGAGAGAGAGUUCAUCUUGCAAUGUGUGACCAUCUACGCCCGGUGCUUGCGGUGCAUAGGAGAGCACUUGGUCGGCGACAGGGCGUUCAUGGAGGAAGCCAUCCGCCGGUCGCCAUUUGCCUUGGGGUAUGUGAGUGAGGACCUCAAGAACGAAGAGGCUUUGGUGCGGUUGGCUAUCCGCGGAGAACCUUCUGCCCUGGGUUCAGCAGCACCUCGGUUCAGGGACAUGAAGGAACUGGUCUUACCAUGUGUUGCGGCCAACGGCUACACCCUCCGAGACAUGAGCGACAGGAUGAAGAGCGACCGAGAAGUAGUGCUUGCAGCGGUGCGCCAGUGUCCACACGCAAUUCAGUACGCCCCACCUGACCUGCAAGCAGAUCCCGAAGUCCAGCAGCCCAAGCGGAAGGCAGGCUAUUUUUCGUUGGAGCAGAUCACCUAG